UGCCGACGCCAAAACGAAUCGUCUUGGUAAAUUGAAACCGUGUUCGAAAUGGACCAAUAGAGAGCCCAUUCUCGUUUGAACUGUGGACUAGUCAGGACGCGCGCGGUGUCUGGCUGAUCUUGAUCGUAAUUUUAAAUUAAGAACGAAAACAAAUGGAGAACAAUGUAUUUAGUGAUUAUGGUACUGGCAGCGGCAGUUCGGCAAGAUCGUCAUGGGCGAGCUUGGAUUCGUGGCCAUCAGCAGCUGCGAAACAACCGCAGUUGGGUAUGGCGGACGAACAACGCCAGUAUCAGUCCGCAGAUCUGCUAGAUUUGAUGGUGAAACGAAGCACGCUGCAAGAAAUGAUGAGCGAAUUCAAAAUGAACGGGUACGAUUGUCCGUACAAUCCUGACGAAGAUAAAAGGUCCAGCCGACCAGAAAAUCAUAUUGGCAUGGGUCCAUCGAGCGUAUACCUGCGACAGAAGUCUUGGCCCGAACCAGAGGCCACUCCAGCGCAGCGCUUGCCGCGACCCAAGUCAGAGUGGAUCCAGCCCAGCAUCGUGCCGGAUCUGUUAAAGCCUCCAAUUUUUUUCGAUGAUGACGUCGGCAAGGCUCCUUCGAAUGUGUACCUGCGAGAGAAGUGGUCACCGCACUGGCCAGCGCCAGAGCGGGAGAAGUGGUCUGAGUCUGAGCCAGAAAUUAUGAAGUCGCAGCGGGUGCCACGUCCAAACUCGGAAUGGAUCCAAUCAACCACUACGCCAGAUAUUACACAAGCCCACAAAUUCUUCGAUGAUCUGGACCUGACAUUGCCCGUGAAACAGCUGGAAACGAUUUCGGCGGAGCAAGUGCGAGUGUUGAACUCGCUGCCCAACGCCGUGUUGUACGGACUGCUGCGGGACCUAGAGCAGAAAAGGAACGAGACAGCCAGGAACAAACGAGUACCAGAUCAGGAAUGCCGAUUCUGCAAGAACAACGGCGAGCGUGAAUCGUACUACCGCUCGCACGUGCUGAAGCACGCUGACGGGCGCGUGUCGUGCCCCGUGCUGCGCAAGUUCGUGUGCAAGCGCUGCGGCGCGCGCGGCGACCAUGCGCACACCGUCAAGUACUGCCCGCUCAGCACGGAGGAGGAACGUAUAAAAUCUACAGCCAUGAUGCGCAGCGUGCGGUUGGCGUCGGGGCGCCGCCGCGGGCAGGUGGAGCCCGCGGGAGACUACGUCAUGUUCGGCGACACCACGCCCACAUUCCUGCGCGACUACCGCUCUUGCGCCCCGCUCGACCCCGUGUGGGCCCACUUGGAGCAAAAGUUGACUUUAUAAAGAUAUCAGUAGAGUAGGUGACCCGGUUCUGUCUGAAGCCUGAAUCAAGCUGAUUUAUAUCACUAAAUUACUUUCUGACACUGACAGUACGGCCACUUCUCCUUACUAAAUUAUUUUGAGAUGUGGCCGUAUUGUAGGCAGUAAAACAUUGUAAUAAGGUAAUAACACUAAUAACACAAUAACAUAAUCCUGAAGAACCGUGCCACUUUAGCUGCUUCAAUGCUUAUAUGUAUGUAGGAUCGCUGCUAUGUAUCCUCAACUAAAGUUGAUUAUGUGCACUGGCCACAGACUUGCCAGCAUACCACACUAGCUUACGAGUAGGUACUAUAGUUAUAGUUACUACAUUGAUACUCAGAUUUUAUUGUUACAAGUUAUUUUAGAUUUAUGUCGACGUAUGAGGAAACCAUACAAAUUUAUGUAUGGUACCUAUUCAUAAAUGUUAUUACCUAAAAUUUAUUGUUGAUUAUGGGUUCCUGUUUAAUUAAACGUACCUAGAUGUAAUGUUAGUAUUAUAUGUGAUACUAAAUCAUAUAAAGAUGGAGUAUGGUGGUAUAAGUGUAUUAAUUAUGUUGCUUGGCUCAUGCCAAAAUUUAAUAUUUUAUGUGUCAAAUCAUUUAUAAGUUAUAAGAUAAUUCUCUUAUUCGUUUAUAAAGUGACAUUUAAUGUUAUAACUACGGAAUCGUUUCUACUUAUUUAGAAUUAUAGAACGUUGAUUAGUUUUAAAUGAAGACAUUAGAUUAAAAUAAUAUAAGAUCAACUUAGUGUUAAGUUAUAGGCACCUACUUGUCUCUAACCUCCCCAAUGACGAAAAUAAUGAGCAGACGUCAGUUAAAUACCUAAUUAAAUAAAUCUUUUAAAGAGGGUACAUGAACAUAACACUGAAAUGGCGAAAUCAAUUUUCUUAUACAUUUACAAACAAGAAACAAUUUUUGUUGUAUCUUUAAAGCAACAUAUUUAUUAAUAUAUCAUGUUUCAAUAUUGUAUUGACAGCAAUAUAUUCGAAAUCAAAUCUGUUGUUUUAAAUGAAAAGUAUACAUUUCAUAUAAAGUUUAUUUUAUAUCACGAUGGAAUCUAGAGGCUUGUCAUUAUGCUAGUAAAUGUCUAUUUAUUUUACCAAAUACCAGUCGUAUAACCAUUGUAAAAGUGGAAUGAUGUAGGUACUUACCGGAAAUACAAUUCAUCAAUUAGGUAUGCAGCCGCUUGUAUUGGCAAAUAGACAGUAAUUUUUGUUAGAAUUGCAGAGUUUAUUUGUUCACAAGUGAAUCAUCUUUUCUAUACUUAAUGGUUUUACUACGUCAAUAACUGUUUAAUGUUUGUUUCAACUAUUUAAUAUACCUAGUUGGUAAUGCGUCUGCUAUUUCAUAUGAAAAUGUUUCGAUCUUGUUAAUUCAUUACAUUAUCAUUAAACCACACAUCAGUAAAAUACUUUCAAUAUUUUUGAUAUUCUGUAAUUUCAAUAGGUGUUGGUGUCUUUAUGGGUCCAAUAAAUGAUUAGAAAAAUGU